AUGGUUGCGCCACGAAAAACUAAGUCGUUGUCUCAUCAGGUUUCCGAUGUCACCUCGUCCACACAUACAGUCUACGCUCUCAAGACGGAACGAGUCACUUCACCAACAAAAGUUCUCAAGAUGGAAGUAGUGGUGUUACGGGCGCUGAAGAAAGCUCGGGCUACUCACUGUUGCGACAUUUUCGAUUCUGGUCGAGCACUUGGUUUCAACUUUAUCAUUAUGACACUUGUAGGAGCAUCGCUUAUGGACCUCCGAAAGGCCAAUAAAGUAAAGCUUAAUGCGUUCACGAUGGGAUGCGCCUUGUCAGUUGGACUUCAAACGUUGGAGUCUAUACAAGAGCUACAUAACCUUUCCUCCAUCGCGAUUUUGAAGCCUACUCAGCGAUCGCUCAUGGUUUGCAUAGAUGACGUUCGUAAAAUUUAUCUUUUGGAUUUUGGGAUGUGCCGACGAUAUAUUGAUAACGAGAACGCUGUUCGACGACCACGAUGGGCUUCUGGAUUCAGGGGAACGCAGAGGUCGAUAGAACUGACAUCUGGCGAACUUCCGUGGAAAUCUCUUGAGGACACUGUUGCCAUAUGCAAUGCCAAGGAGAAAGCACGAACAACCGGUUUGUCCAUAAAAGUUGCUGAGAAAAUACAGUUUGAGUCAACAUAUGAGGCGCCGUGA